UUUACGCUUGACAACCCCACUUGCCUAAUCCGACAUGGUUCGCAGGCCCUCCAAACACCCAGAGCUUCGAGGGCAACUCCUUCGCAAACCAACCUCGUGCAUCUAUCUGCUCCAAAUAUCUUAGCUUCCCUUGCUGUAGCUUCUUACCAACGACCUCUCCUUCAUACCUUUUUGUCUAGUGUAAUUGUUAGAACACAUUUCUGUUAAAAUGGACGACCAAUUCGGAGGCCGCACAGACGACGACCUCUUCUUUGACGACUUUGAGCCCGUUAGCAAUACCCAGACAGUCGAAACUGUUGUCGCCCCUCAUCCUCCACCCCCUCCUCCCGCAGCUAUCGCGACGCCACCAGUCGAGCCUCCGAAACCCGCACCCGCGCCCGCGCCUAUUGCGCCCAAGUCCGUAGAGCAGCAGCAACAGAAGCCGCAAAAGCAAGCCCCGGCCAACAAGAAGCCACCAACGGCGCCGAGGGGUGGUCUCGCAAACUCCAGAUUCGCCGACCCGAAGCCGGCCCCUGCUGCCCCGCGCACCCCUCGUCAGCCAGCCCCCCCGGCCGCCGCCGUCUCGACUCCCCCUCCGACCGCGACCGCGACCACUCCCCAGCCGCCGACCGGUCCCGCGGCGCAAAACUCAUCUGCUCCCGCUGCUGCACCGACUGCUCCCGUCGCCGAUGCUGCUGCCGCCGCCCCUUCCCCAGCCGCCACGGCCGCUACCCAAGGCGACGCCGCCUCGCCAAAGAGCAACUCUCCCGCGCCAGCAAUAGCACCUCACGCGCCCCGCGAAAAGAACGCCGCCGCCGCCGCCGCCGGCGCAAACACGGCCCUCAACGCCGAAGCCCGCCUCGGCUCAGGCGCGAACCCGCGCACAAAGCUAAGCGAAUCGCAGCUCGCCGCCAAGAUGGAACAGAUGCGCAUCCUCAACGCCGAAAAGACGCGCAAGUUCGAACAGGCGGAGCAGGACGAGCGCAGCCACGCGGAAGCCUACGCGCGCGGCAUGGAGGAGGCGCGGCAGCGCAAAAAGGUUGACGAGGAGAGGCGGCGGCGCGGCGAGGAAGAGCGCCGGCGCAUGGAUGACGAGAGGGCCAAGAAUCGCGAGAGGAAGCUCAAGGCGAUGAGUAUCAAGGAGGGCGGGUGGGAUGAGGGCAAGGAGGCGCUUGCUGCUGAGGAGGAGAGAAGGGGGUUCCGCGGGGCGAAUGGUGGGGUUCGGGGGACGAGGUCUGCGGGGCUUGCGGGGAGUCGGUUUGCUUCGCGGGAGGAUGAGGCGCCGCAGGGUGAUCGGUAUGCCGGUGGUGAGGAGCGUAGAGGUGGAAGGGGUCGUGGGAGAGGUCGUGGCCAAGGGCGGGUUGGGCGCGGCGGUCGGGGCGGGUAUGGGAAUGACCACGAACGGGGAGAUUCAAACGGUGCUCGUGAAGCCAAGGCACCUGUCGCCCAGGCUCCCGCGCCGGCGCCCGUCAUCAGCACCGAGGAGUUCCCUGCCCUGCCUGGCAAGGCUACGGGCGGUGACAUUUCGCCUCCUGUGUUGUCGCCUCUCGGCAGAUGGGACGACGAGAUGGAGGCAUUUGACGAGAAGCUCAAGAGCGCCGCCGCGCAGUCUUCUUCGUAAAGACUAUGCCUGAGCUGACGGUAAAGCUUUGCGACGAGGAAUAGCAUAACGAAUUGGAUCACAAAAAACACAGCGACGACGCAUUUUGGAUACGCUACGGAGGGGGGAUGACGAGGAAUUGGAGUACAUUAUAGUUCGCUUCUAACUAAGCAUGGUUCCUUGUCAAGCGGGCACCCAGGCUGCGAGUCUCGUGUUUAGCAGGUACCGUUACGAGCGUAAAUAGAGAAUGCCGUCCGGGACUACCCAACGUCGCCACCUAUGUGCCCUUAACUUGGAUCCUUCGCACCGUUGAGACCAUAAUUCUGGUCAUCAUGCUGUCGCCGACUGGACCAGUUGUGAUCGUGGGCCUAGAAGACU